AUGAACUCACCCAAUUUUGUGGGGGAAUUUUGUGGGGGGUGUAGAUCUCUUUCCCUGGCACCUACUUAUUGAGUGAUCGUAUUUCUAUGCGCCCCCCCUUAAAACGUGACUCUGGAGGAGCAUACAAUAAACAGCAUAAAAAGACACAGGGAGUGCGUUUUCCACUUCAGGGGACAGUCGUAGCUUGUAAGCCGUGCUGUGCUUGACCAAGAGAGAUUCAGCACUGACUCUUCAAUAUCUGGAGCCUCUUAAACAAGCCCAAAAGUGAGAUGACUCCCGAGGAACUGCAAAAACGGGAAGAGGAAGAGUUCAACACAGGGCCUCUGUCAGUGCUCACACAAUCCGUUAAAAAUAAUACCCAGGUGCUCAUCAAUUGUCGCAAUAACAAGAAGCUUCUGGGGCGAGUCAAGGCCUUUGAUAGGCACUGCAACAUGGUGUUGGAGAACGUCAAGGAGAUGUGGACCGAGGUGCCCAAGAGUGGGAAAGGCAAGAAGAAGUCCAAGCCGGUCAAUAAAGACCGCUACAUCUCAAAAAUGUUCCUGCGGGGAGAUUCAGUCAUUGUCGUGCUAAGGAAUCCCCUUAUUGCUGGCAAGUAAACAGGCCAAGAUGGCUCACGAGCCUGGCCACACCAAGAUGCCAUACACAGGAUCCUUGUCAAGAGACUGGAAUCUGUUGCCUUUAGUUUUAAGGCAGGGAUAUCUUACGCUCAACUCUCCUUCAGAUGUUUCUUUGGUCACACACGUGUAGUUCUGGGAUGUGCUGAUUCAUGAGAUUCCCGUCAUUUGAGUUUGUUUGUGGGGUUUUGAUUUUUCCUUUUCCCCCCCCCUUUUUGUAAUAAACAUUUUGUUGAAUUUGUUGAA